AUGGCUGACCAAAGAACUCUGAAAGAAUUUGCUGCUCCUGAUAUGAAUUACAAUGGUGAGGAUCCGCAUAAGCAACAUAAGGAAUUUCAAGUUGUUUGCGCUACACCAUUGAGACCUGAAGGAAUCAUCGAAGAUCACAUCAAGCUGAGAGCCUUCCCAUUUUCACUAAAGGGUGCUGCUAAGGAUUGGUUAUAUUAUCUUGAGUCGAAUUCUGUAACAACUUGGAAUGAUUUGAAGAAAGUCUUCCUUGAGAGAUACUUUCCUGCCUCUAGGGUUGCAUCAAUCCAAAAAAAAUGUGGUAUUAGACAGGGAAAUGAGUCAUUGGCUGAGUAUUGGGAGAGAUUCAAACAAUUAUUAUCCAGUUGCCCUCAACAUCAGAUUACCGAACAACUGCUUAUUCAGUAUUUCUAUGAGGGAUUGUUACCAAUGGAUAAAAACAUUCUUGAUGCUGCUAGUGGUGGAGUACUUGUUGAUAAAACUCUAGUUGCUGCCAAAACACUGAUUGAGAACAUGUCACUCAACUCCCAACAGUUCACAACCAUAAAUAAUUAUAUGGUCCAAACAAAAGGUGUGAAUAAGAUUCAGGUUUCCUCUUCCAACAAGGCUCUAGAAACCAGAAUUGAAGAGCUUACUUCUUUAGUGAAACAAAUGGCAGUGAGUACAUCUCAAACAGGAAAGUUAUGUGGUAUUUGUACUUCUACUGAACAUCCAACUGAUACAUGUCCUAUUCUUCAAGAUGAGUUAGUCACUCAGUUGCCUCAAGCAUAUGCAACUAACUUUUUCAACCAAAGCAACAAUAAAAAAGGGUACAACAUUCCUAACUUGUCCACCAACAAAUAUCAUCCCAAUUGGAGGAACCAUCCAAACCUUCGAUAUGGAAACCAGCAGCCCGCCCAACAACAAUUAGUCAUACCCCUGCCACAACCACAAAUCACUCCCCAAGUCUCCACCUCUGCACCUCCCAGACCUUCAUUAGAGGAUCUUGUCAAGCAAAUAGCUGUGAACAAUCUCCAAUUUCAGCAACGAAUAAAUUCUAGUAUUCAGACUUUGCAGACACAGAUUGGACAGCUUGCCACUUCAAUGAAUGCCAUGCAGCAAGCCCAAAGAUCAAACCAACUUCCUUCCCAAACAGUUGUGAAUCUAAAAGACCCUAAUGCUAAUAUGAGUGCAAUUUCCUUGAGAUCUGGGAAGGGAGCUCCUGAACAUGAUAUAGAAAACUGUUAUCCCCUGAAGUAUGAAGUUCAGAAGCUUAUCAAGAGUGGUAUUAAAAUGUUCUUUGAGGACAGAGCGCCAAAUGUUAAAGCCAACCAGUUGCCUGCUCAUGGUAACGCUUUUGUGAAUAUGGUGGAUAGUUGUCUUGGAAAUUUCAGGUGUGAAUCCUUGUGGUUGUGUAAUUGUCAAAAGAGAUAUUCAAAGGUUGAUGGAUGA